GGCUGGCUUACACCAGCCCGGUGGGGAGGCUGCCCUGUGUUGCUCUUGUUUCCCUUCGCUGCCAAGGAAGCGUUUUUUGAAAUAAUGCCUGUCUCUGCCUGCAGGAAAGGGGGAAAGAAAAGAGACUGGGAGGAAGAGAACGCCCUCUGCUUCGUCCCCCAAAUCCAGCUGAGCAGGGCAACUGGUAAGGCCAGCGCCUCACACCCACCGAGCCCAGUGCACACCCCAUGGUGUGCUGUUGACCCAGCGUGUUGGCACAGGACUGGCAGCGUGGAUUUGGGCAAUUCAUGGUAUUGGCGCAGUGCCGCUGGUCAAGGGUGGCCUGGAGGAAAAUCCAGUUUCCCUCCAGAAACAAGCUGGGAUUGACAAACCGUGAAGGAAGAAGGAGGGGAUCCUGAAGCAGUAGCAGACUAAUUGCUCCCAGACUUUGUCCAAGAGGACUGCUUCCGCCUCAGUGCUGUUCCCAGUGGGACCAUGGAAGGAAAAGAGAUGUCACCAAGUCAUCACUUGGAGGAGAGCAGCUUAUUGGAUCUGCCUUCUGUUUGUGACCUAGCAGAGCGCUUUCUGCCUCCACACAGCUCUGAAAACAGUGAGGAGUUUUUUCGUUCUGUGGAUUCUUUUCCCUUUCCGCCCACAGGAGAGAGCACUUUACCCUCUGCAGUUCCUUCAAGCUUUUCUGCUGGAGGCUCUGAGGAAGCAAAUGUGAGAUGUUAUCCAAAAGCAGGGCCGUGUGAGCCGACUGAACCUAACAACGCUGUGCUGUCAUGGAUGUAUGAACAAGAUAGUGCAGAAGAUACCAGCAUCAGGAAAUCUCUUGAUGGCUUCUACAAAAUGUAUUGCAAAAAACAGCCAGACAGGAUGGACCCCACCUAUGAGGCUGCAUCACGAUGUCUGUCACAGAAGCUUUCAGAGCUAGCAAACCAGGAUGGAACAAAAUAUGUGUCGCGUUGCCUGCAAAUGGCUCAGGUGAUCUUGAACAGAGAUGGGUGUAAGAUCUUGCCAAACCACCCCCCUACUGCUUGUUUUUCAAAGCCAGCUGAAGAAGAAGUCAUGUUGCAAUACAGAAAGAGAACACCUGGACUCUCAGAUGAUGUCCUGCGAUUCCUCUUGAAACAAACAUGGACAGAACAGAGCCCUGACGCUUCACAUGAGAAGUGAUCAAGACGCUGGUUUGUUUCCAUCAUUGGAGCUUUGCUUUCACUCUGAAAAGAAGUAACUUUCUUGAGAAGACACUGUUCCUCUUAGCACCACCUUCACCACCACAUAUUCUGUGGAGAGGUUCAUCUGGAGCAGGCCUUGCCACCUUGGCCUCUGCAGGGCAGCACCGCAUAAAGAGCAUCU